AUGAGCGAUAAUGAUGGUAUGAUACUGAAUUUUACCACCUCAGAUGAGAGUGGUUCCAACGCAACGAAAAGAUCUAACAAGAUUACAGGAGGGAGAUGGAAAGAUAGAAGAAAACUAAGAAUGGCAAUGGAUGAUAAGAAGACGGAUAGAAAAAGGUCACAUGAAGAAACUGAAAACAGAGGCAACAGCUCUAGAAUUACUGCAGACCUUUCCGAUAUGCCAAACAAAAGGAAGAAUACUCCAUCUAGUAAUCGCGGCACUAAAUUUCAAAGUACUGGAACCAAUGACGAAUUACCAAAAACCCAGGCUUUAGUGCAAUCAAAUUUACCACCUAGUAGUCAGGUUGUAUCUUCAUUAUUUACUUCUAACAGACAGAUUGAAACUUCUGUGAACUCGAAUGCACAAAAUGAAGACACGGUAGUAACUGCUUCCAAUGCUCCUUUAUUAGAUGAUUCAUUCGAAUCCUUGGGUAUAAAAGAACCGAUAUUGUCACAUCUAAUUGAGAAAAUGAGAAUAAAGAAACCUACUAGUAUCCAAAAAUUGGCUGUCCCAAAUCUUUCUUCUAAAGGUAGUGAUAAUGACCUAUUUAUUCACUCCCAAACGGGUUCAGGUAAAACACUAUCGUAUUUGUUACCGAUAUUCUCUUCUAUUUUGAAUAUGAAUGAGCGUGUUGAUCGUAAAUCUGGGUGUUUUGCUUUGAUCAUAGCGCCAACACGUGAAUUAGCGUCACAGAUUUAUCAUGUGGCCUCUACAUUGGCAAAUUGCUGCCACUAUUUGGUUCCUUGCCUAUUAAUUGGUGGGGAACGCAAAAAAUCCGAAAAGGCAAGACUACGCAAAGGUUGUAACUUUAUUAUUGGUACGCCAGGUCGUAUUUUAGACCAUCUUCAAAAUACAAAAGUUAUUCGCGAACAACUAGCAGCAACUCUAAGAUAUGUAGUUCUAGAUGAGGGUGAUAAAUUAAUGGAAUUAGGUUUUGAGGAAACUGUGAGACAAAUUAUGGAGAUAAUUCACUCUGUUGAUUUAGAUACAAAAAUGUAUCCAGCGUUGCCUCAUCGAAUAAUACGUGUUUUAUGUAGUGCAACUAUUAACGACGUCGUCAGUAAGCUAGGUAAAGUGGCACUGAAGAAUAAUAAAUUAAUAUCAAAUAGUAAUACGAAGGGCAGCUCAGAGAAAGAGGAAACUACUCAAGUAGCACCAGAUCAACUCUUACAAAAGAUAACAAUCGUUCCACCAAAGCUAAGACUGGUUACGCUGGGGGCAACGCUGAUCAAUAUAACAAAAAAGGAUUUGACGAGAAACCACAAAAAACUACUUCGUACUAUGGUUUUCCUUUCAUGUUCUGAUAGCGUUGACUUCCAUUAUGAGGCAUUUUCAUCCACUGAUUCAAAUUAUCGUAAUCUAGUUGGAGACACUGUGAGACUUCUUACCAAGGGAAAUGGGACUCUUCCGAAUGCUGGUGAAGAUCAGGAUCCAAAUAUUAUUUGUUACAAGCUGCAUGGUUCACUUUCGCAGCAAAUAAGAACCUCAACUUUGAAGCAUUUUGCUACAGAUAAUGAAGCAACGAACGGUAAACAUUUGAUCAUGUUUUGUACUGACGUUGCCAGUAGAGGUUUGGAUUUGCCAUAUGUUGGGACCGUCAUUGAAAUGGAUCCUCCUUUCAGCGUGGAUGAUCAUCUCCAUAGAAUUGGUCGUACUGCUCGUGCUGGUAAAAGUGGUGAGAGUUUGUUAUUUUUACUUCCUGGAGAAGAAGAAGGUUACAUGGAUUAUAUCAGAAAAUAUCAUCCAAUGGGUUGGAAGUUAUUAAAAUUUGAUGAAGACAUAUUGAAGCCAUCCUUCAGCAAUAUGAAAGUAGACAGAAAUGAUUUGGGUGACAAGAAUAAUAACAAAGCCUCAUUAGAGUGGGAUACCAACGCAACCACAUGGCAUCUUAAUAUUGAAAGGCAUGUGUUAGAAGAUUCAUCUUUUAAAGAUCUUGCAAUGAAAGGUUAUAGCAGUCACAUUAGAGCUUAUGCCACUCAUGUAUCAGUUGAGAAACAAUUUUUCAACGUGAAGUAUGUGCAUUUAGGGCAUCUAGCAAAGAGUUUUGCCCUGAGAGAAAGACCAAAAGCUAUGGGUUUGAAUGCUAGUAAACAACAAAAUAGUGAAAACAGACCAAGCAAAGAAAAUUCUAAAAAUAAGAUGUGGCGUAUAGCUCGUAUGGCUGUAAGAGAGAGUGCAAGUGAAUUUAAUUAUUAA